AUGACUGAGGAUGUACCUGCCGAUUAUUUGGUGAAUGCCAUGCAAAAAAUCGCGGUCGAAGAGGAUGGUGAUACCGCUCCAUUAAGUCCACCCUCUCCCGUACCGUUUGAGGUUGGCCAAUUUAGACGGAGUGAAAUGCUAGCCUAUUGUACCGGGAAAAAUAGAUGUUUAGAAUCCAAGUUUCGACAGACAUUGCUCCGAUAUUAUCGCGGUCAUAAGCAACGCGUGGAAAAAAUUGACCAAGGGCAAUCUGAGAUAGCUGCACACCUCUAUCGAGCCUACAAGGCCAGACGCACACAGCAGCGAAAAACUCGUGAUGAACUGCGUGAGAUUUACGGUCAAUCCGAAUGGUUUCACAAGUUUACUGAACAAACCAAAAAGAAGGCAGAGGAGCCAGAAUCAAAUGCACCAAAACUUCCCCCGGUUGAUGUGUCACUCAAGUCGGACGAUGAGGCGCGCAAACGGGUGAAGUUUACCGAUAAGCUUCGGCAUUCACGGUCAAACACAGAAAAUAAAAAAGAACGAAAUAAAGAACCGAUUCCACAAGAAUCAACAUUUGCCGUUCUUUUAAUUGAACCCCAUUCGUUCUCUCCUGUCCAGGGGAUAGAAAUUGUGUUCCCCAAGGAAGUGAACGAUACUCAACGGUCAGUUACGGACUGGUUGUCCGUAGCAGAAACAACUCAGCCGGAAAUCGUCGCAACCUAUCCGGAUGACGAAGGAUCUCACCUACCAGCCGGAGUAGAAAAAUCCCACCCUCCAUUUCGUAGUACAGGGUCCCUCCAGACCAAGUAUCCGAAUCGUCACAUGGCUCAGGUUCAGGAAGCAUUAGCGGAAGAGCCCAGAGCCUACGUGUGGGUUGGGGAUAAACACCAACUGAUUUGUCCUGUGGGAAGAACGGCUGUCAGGACAGAUUUGGUACUACGUGAAACAUCCUUUCCAAAACCAGCCCACAUCAGGCUACUACUGCCUGACAGUCGUCAAAAAUACGUGAAUAAGAAAAUGUGCGACCAGGAGUUUGAAAGGUUAAAUGAAUCCAUACUCAAAACCAAACCCUUCCUCGAACGUCUUGAGACACUGAAAAUAA